GCACCCGAAAUUUUUACAUAACAAAAGCUGGGUGGACUCCGCCUAACCCCCCUCUGAAAACUUCCCCUCAAUCGCCGAUAACCCUUUUCCGAUUCUUGAUCUCCGGUUGUUUUCCUCCGGCAUCUUCUAAAAUCGCAGGAGCUGUGUUAUAAUGACUAUGUCCCAAAUGAAGACCAUCGAGUUGGACGAAGGAUGGAAUUUCAUGCAGACUGGGAUAAAGAAGCUGAAGAAAAUUUUGGAAGGGCAUCCAGAACCACAAUUUAGCUCUGAAGAGUACAUGAUGCUAUACACCACUAUCUAUAACAUGUGUACUCAAAAGCCUCCACAUGACUACUCCCAACAGCUGUAUGAUAAAUACAGGGAAGCAUUUGAAGAUUAUAUUAGUUCAACGGUGUUGCCAUCAUUAAGAGAGAAACAUGAUGAGUUUAUGUUGCGGGAGCUUGUGAAACGAUGGGCGAAUCAUAAAGUAAUGGUCAGGUGGCUUUCACGAUUUUUCCAUUAUCUUGAUCGUUAUUUCAUUGCUCGGAGGUCCCUGCCAGCACUGAAUGAAGUUGGUCUAACUUGUUUCCGUGAAUCGGUUUAUGAGGAGACUAAGGGUAAAGCUAGAGAUGCUGUUAUUGCCCUUAUCGAUCAAGAACGAGAAGGCGAGCAGAUUGAUAGAGCACUGUUGAAAAAUGUUCUUGAUAUAUACGUGGAGAUAGGGAUGGGACAGAUGGAUUUCUAUGUAAAUGACUUUGAAACUGAUAUGCUUACUGAUUCUGCUGCUUAUUAUUCUCGAAAAGCAUCAAAUUGGAUAGUGGAAGAUUGUUGUCCUGAUUACAUGUUGAAGGCUGAGGAUUGUUUAAGAAAGGAAAAAGAGAGAGUCUCUCACUAUUUGCAUUCCAGCAGUGAACCUAAGCUCCUGGAGAAUGUGCAAAAUGAAUUGUUGGUCAUAUAUAGCAGUCAGUUGCUUGAAAAAGAGCAUUCUGGAUGUCGUACCUUGCUUCGAGAUGAUAAGGUGGAUGAUCUCUCGAGGAUGUAUAGACUUUUUUCAAAAAUUCCCAAAGGAUUGGAUCCUGUCGCUAAUAUGUUCAAGCAGCAUGUUACCGCCGAAGGAAUGGCUCUAGUCCAACAAGCUGAAGAUGCUGCAAGUAACAAGGCGGAAAAUGUUGGUGGUCCCCAGGAGCAGGUGUUCGUCAGGAAGAUAAUCGAGUUGCAUGACAAGUUUAUGGCAUAUGUUACUGAUUGCUUCGUGAACCACACACUAUUUCACAAGGCCCUUAAAGAGGCCUUUGAGGUUUUUUGCAAUAAAAUUGUGGCUGGUUGCUCGAGUGCGGAGCUGCUGGCUUCAUAUUGUGACAAUAUCCUCAAAAAGGGCGGUAGUGAGAAGCUGAGUGAUGAAGCUAUCGAGGAAACUUUGGAUAAGGUUGUUAAGCUCCUAGCAUACAUCAGCGAUAAAGAUCUUUUUGCAGAGUUCUAUAGAAAAAAACUUUCUCGGCGUUUACUUUUUGAUAAGAGUGCGAACGACGAUCAUGAAAGGUUGAUCCUCUCGAAGUUAAAGCAGCAAUGUGGUGGACAGUUCACAUCAAAGAUGGAGGGCAUGGUGACCGAUUUGGCUUUGGCAAAGGAGAAUCAUAGUCAAUUUAAUGAUUACCUUUCCAAUAAUGCUUUUGCCAAUCCUGGGAUUGAUUUGACGGUCACUGUUCUGACUACGGGUUUCUGGCCAAGUUAUAAAUCUUCUGAUCUUAGUCUACCCGAAGAGAUGGUGAAAUGUGUUGAAGUAUUCAAGGAGUUCUAUCAGACAAAAACCAAACAUAGAAAGCUCACAUGGAUCUACUCUUUGGGCACGUGCAAUGUGAACGGUAAAUUUGAUCAGAAGACGAUAGAGCUGAUUUUGGGAACCUACCAGGCGGCUGCUCUUUUGCUGUUCAAUGCUUCGGAUAGACUGAGUUAUUCAGAUAUCAAGACACAGCUAAAUCUUGCUGAUGAAGAUGUGGUGAGAUUACUCCAGUCAUUAUCCUGUGCCAAGUAUAAGAUUCUCACCAAGGAACCAAGCACAAAGACCGUUUCUGAAACCGACCAUUUCCAGUUCAAUUCGAAGUUCACUGACAGGAUGAGGAGGAUCAGGAUCCCUUUGCCACCUGUGGACGAGAGGAAGAAAGUUGUGGAGGAUGUUGACAAGGACCGGCGAUAUGCUAUAGAUGCUUCCAUUGUCCGCAUAAUGAAGUCACGGAAAGUUCUUGGCCAUCAACAACUUGUCAUGGAGUGCGUAGAGCAGCUAAGUCGCAUGUUCAAGCCUGAUUUUAAGGCAAUCAAGAAGAGGAUCGAAGAUCUUAUCACACGAGAAUACUUGGAAAGAGACAAAGAGAACCCAAAUCUGUUCAAAUAUCUCGCUUGAUCUGAAAAAAGCCAACCUCCAUGGAAGCGCUAGAAUUCCACAAUCACAUUUUGUUGCAACGGAAAGGAGAAGAGCAAGAUUUCAUCAGGUGUUUAACGGUAACGAAUGAAACACCAUCUUUUCUUCUCAUGCUGGUUAUUCCGUGCUUUGCUUCUUUUGGGUUGGUGG